GGUCAUUAAGAGAGACAGAAACAGCUGAAGGACGGCAGUAAUCUCUAAAGGAUACACCACAACCUUUAAUAGUCAGACGUUAACGGAAGCACACUGCAGCAGCAUUUGUCUCAGUUUUGACGAAGUGUUUCUUUUUCUGUAAUUGAGUCUGUCUCUCUGAUCUGAUCUGGUCUCGUCUGACAGCUGUCUGCCUGUAUCCUGAACCCUCGUCGUCAGGGAUACCUCUCCAUAGAGACACAGUCCCAAAGGUAGGGGAGGGCUUUAAAGGCGAGGAGACCCUCACCUUGAUGGAGUUAAGAGAAAGCAUGAAGAGGGAAGGACUGCGGUGUAGCCUGUAGAGAGAGAAAAGGGACGUUUACCUGUGGAGGAGGGUCUAACUCUGCAGAAGGAAAGAAGAAGAAGGAGUUGGAUGACGUGAACUCUUCAGUUUUAGGAUGGGCUUUGAUCUGGAGAGGUUUGUUGGUUAUGUGAACGAGGGUCUGCUGUGCUGCGUGUGUCGAGACGUAUUGGAGCGCCCCCUCCAGGCCCCCUGUGAACAUGCAUACUGCAGCGCCUGCAUCAGCAGCUGGCUGGUCCAUCACCACUCCUGUCCUGAGGACAGGCUGCCGCUGGAUGUUGGCAGCCUCAAACCACUCUACAGGUACAUGCGGAACGACCUGAAUCGUCUGCAGAUCCGUUGCGUGAAUGCAGGACAGGGGUGUGACAUGGUCUGCUCCCUGGAGAGUCUGCACACACAUGAGGAUGAGUGCGAGUUCGCCUUCAUAACCUGCUCCAACACAGGUUGCCCUGUUCAAGUAGAGAGGCGUAGUCUGGAGGCUCACCUGUCAGAGUGCAACUUCCGCAGCAGAGAGUGUCCCAACGGCUGCGGCCACACUCUCCUCUCUCUCGACCAAUCACAGCAUAACUGUGUGGCCGAGCUGCGCACGGAGGUGGAGAUGCUCAGAGCAGAGAUGCUGUGCAAGUUGGAGGAAGUGAGACGAGAGAUGGAGUCUCGGCUGGACUCGCAGAGGAGGCACAUGGUGCAGAAAGAGUCUCAGCUGAAGAACGAGGUGGAGGAGAUCAAGGGUCAGUUAUCCCGUGUGAUGUGCGACAUGCGGGCCCUGCUGGGAGCCGAGCGCCUGAGGAGGCAGGAGCUGGCAGAGGCAGAGCUGGAGAAGAGAGAACUGCUGGAGCUCCUCAGGGACCUGCAACCAACGAGGAGUCAGCUCCCCGCCGAACCAGGAGGCGGCAGGGACGAGCUUCAGGGAGAUCAGCAGGCGUCUGGCAGGGAGCUACACACGGAGCCGACACAGCAUCAGCAGAGAAAGUCGUCUUUACACGCGUCCAGUUUGUCGUUGUAUUCAGCUCAGGCUGCACAUGCUUCAGGUCCACCUCCUUCGCCGCAGCUGGGAGACGGGGUUCGCAAGGGCGGCACGCGGAGUCUGACCCUGGACUGUAUCAAAAGAAAGAGCCGAGAGGUGACGGUCAUCUGAAAUCACCGGAUCUACAGCACAAUAAAUCUUUAUUUUGUAUAUUUAGUGACUAUUUUGGCAAUGAUGUAGAGAUUAAAAUGUUUUAAUUGUAUGUUGGAAUAAAGUAAUUAUGCUGUGAA